CCCCCUUCCUUUCUGCCAGGCCGUCUCCUGACGUCAUCAUCGUCGUCACCGUGUACUGAGCGAGAGAGCUGAGCGGCGGGCAGAGUGAAAAGCCUGGACUUUGUUGUUAUUGUUGUCUCUGCACCGCUUCUCCCUGGCCGGGAAGCGAGCGACAAGUCUGAGCGGCCAGUAUGUUUGUUCAAAAUGCAACAGAUCAACUGCAGCUUAGUUGACACCUGAAUCUGAAAAACUGAAAAUGGAUAAAUGUAAACACGUUGGCCGAUUGCGUCUUGCCCAAGAUCAUUCGAUUUUGAACCCUCAGAAGUGGCACUGUGUGGAUUGCAACACUACAGAAUCAGUGUGGGCUUGCCUAAGCUGUUCACAUGUUGCAUGUGGUCGAUACAUUGAAGAGCAUGCACUGCGUCACUUUCAGGACAGUAAGCAUCCCUUGGCUUUGGAGGUUAAUGAACUUUAUGUGUUUUGUUACCUCUGUGAUGAUUAUGUUCUCAAUGACAACACCACUGGUGACCUUAAACUUUUACGAAGCACAUUAAGUGCGAUCAAAAGUCAGAAUUACGACUGUACAACACGUAGUGGUCGGACUUUGCGGUCUAUGGUAAGUGCAGAUGAUUCAUUCAUUUCACAUGAAGGCGCACAAGCCUUUCUUCAGAAUGAAGACCGAGCAUUCACUGCAUUGUGGCAUCGGAGGCAUGCUCUUUUAGGGAAGGUUUUUAGAUCAUGGUUUGCUUUGACUCCAAAAGGCAAGCAGAGGUUAGAAGAGGAACGCUUGAGGGAAGAGGCCGAGCAGAAGAGGGAGGAAGCAAGAAAAAGGCGGCAGCAAUUGAAGCACAAAUUAAAAGAAGAAAUGGAAAGCACUCCCCCCAGAAAGAGUUCACGUUUGCAACAGCAAAUACAGCCUUCACCCAAAAUUGAAUCGUCCUCUGUGCAAAAAAUGAACCAAAAAAACGCUCCUUCCACAAAACAAAAUCCACCAGCACCUACCUCUGAUAAAGCACGCUUAAAGAAAAUUGGUAAUUCUCCAAUAAAAAGAAAGCCCACUGUGACCCCUGGAGUAACAGGACUGAGGAAUCUGGGGAACACUUGCUAUAUGAACUCAAUACUUCAAAUACUGAGUCAUUUGCAUGUUUUUCGGGAGUGUUUUUUACAACUUGAUCUCAAUCAAACUCAGGAGUUGUUGGCAGCUGAUGGCAGUGGAAAAACAAGGCUGUCCAGCAAAUACCCACCUGGUGCUGAGCUACCAAGAGUAACACAAAAGCACACUAAAGGUCAAAGAUCACUGGCAAGGCGGCCGAGCUUCUCCUUGGGACUUAGUGGUGGGGCCUCAAAUAGUAGAAACAUGGAACUUAUUCAGCCUAAGGAGCCAAGUUCGAAGCACAUAUCCCUAUGCCAUGAAUUGCAUACCCUCUUCCAAGUCAUGUGGUCAGGGAAAUGGGCACUGGUUUCUCCUUUUGCAAUGCUGCAUUCAGUGUGGAGGCUUAUACCAGCUUUCCAUGGGUAUGCACAGCAAGAUGCUCAGGAAUUUCUCUGUGAACUAUUAGAUAAAGUGCAACAAGAAUUGGAGACAACUGGCACCAGAUACCCAGCCCUAAUUCCUACAUCUCAAAGAAAACUCAUCAGACAGGUCCUGAAUGUCGUCAACAACAUUUUUCAUGGGCAACUGCUUAGUCAGGUUACAUGUCUCGUCUGUGAUCACAAGUCAAAUACCAUCGAGCCAUUUUGGGACUUGUCUCUUGAAUUUCCCGAGAGGUACCACUUCAGUGGCAAAGCGACGGCUUCCCAACGGCCUUGUUUGUUGACAGAAAUGCUGGCUAAAUUCACAGAGACUGAAGCCUUAGAAGGGAAGAUCUACGCAUGCGAUCAGUGCAACAAAGCACAGAAGCAGCUGAUGGUGUGUCGCUUACCUCAGGUCCUGAGACUCCACCUCAAGAGAUUCAGGUGGUCUGGCCGUAACCAUAGAGAAAAAAUCGGAGUGCAUGUUCGAUUCGACCAGAUGCUGAACAUGGAGCCUUAUUGUUGUAGAGAGUCCACUGCAGCCCUGAGAGCUGACUGCUUUAUUUAUGAUCUGUCUUCUGUGGUGAUGCAUCAUGGGAAAGGCUUUGGUUCUGGCCAUUACACUGCCUUUUGUUACAAUCCAGAAGGAGGCUUCUGGGUACACUGCAAUGACUCCAAGCUACAUUCAUGUGCCGUGGAAGAGGUGUGCAAGGCACAAGCAUACAUCUUAUUUUAUACCCAGCGAGUUACUCAGGAGAAUGGACAUUUGUCAGAAAGACUUCCUCUCCAUGACAGUCCGCAAUCCCCACCCCCUUGAGACGCUCUUUAACGGCAGGAAGAUCCCUGACCUUUUGGCAGCUUCUACGUCUCUCUAUUCCAUAAGAGUAUUUGUGUGUGUGUGUAUAUACACUGGGUCAGGCACACGAAGUCUCCUCUGCAUUGUGCCUGACUCUGCAAAUGAAAUGACACAAUCAGAAUUAGCAGACUUGGCAUAGUAAGUAUUAACAAGACUUAAAGGGGUUGUUCAUCCUUGAAUUAACAUUUAGCAUGAUGUAGAGAGUGAUAUUCGGAGACAAUUUGCAAUCGGUUUUCAUUUUUUAUUAUUUGUGGUUUUUGAGUUAAUCAGCCUUUUGCACAACAGCUCUCCAGUUUGCAAUUUCUGGUUGCUAAAGUCCAAAUUACCCUAGCAACCAGCGGUGUAACUAGAUAUUACUGGGCCCCACAGCAGAUUAUUUUUCAGGCCCCCAGGUUUACCAAUAUUUAUUUAAAUUGUAUAUGAAUUAGGACCUCAUGGUACCUCCUGAGCCCCCCCUGCAGCCGCAGGGUCUGCUUCCUCUAUAGUUACGCUCCCUGCUAGCAACCAUGCACUAAUUUAAAUAAGAGACUGGAAUAUGAAUACGAGGCCUGAAUAGAAAGAUGAGUAAAAAAAAGUACUUAUACAUUUUGUAGCCUUACAAAGCAUUUUCUUUUAGAUGGGGUCAGUUAAUCCCAUUUAAAAGCUGGAAAGAGUCAGAAGAAAAAGGCAAAUAAUUCAAAAAUCAUAAAAAAUAAAUAACGGAGACCAAUUGAAAAUUGCUUCGAAUUGCCCAUUCCAUACUAAAAGUUAACCACCCCUUUACGUAAGAAAGUGUGACUUUGUCUUAUUCAUGUACUAUAUGUUUAUACAGUUUUGUAUUGAAUUAAGCACUCAAACUAGAAUAAAAUGGUUUUAACAUUUUGUA